AAACCCACCCUCUAAUUUUGUAAUCUAACAACCUCCGUUUCAAUGCUCAGUUGUCUUCCUCUCUCAGAAUGAGUCAUUUUUCGGGUUCCCAUUGUAACAACACUGCCUGUGAAUCGGGGUGGACAAUGUAUUUGGAGGAGUCGUUUCAGACGGAGGGGAGGUUCCGGCCGAGUGCCGUGGAUUACGGCGGCAGAGGGAAGGAGGAGGAAGAAGGGGAUUUGUCCAUGAUUUCGGAUGCGUCGUCGGGGCCGAGGGAUGGGUAUUCUGAGGAGAAUUGCCAGUCAGUAGGGCGCAAUGCGGGGAAAGCCGCGGCGGCCAAAAGUAAGAGGAAAGAGGAAAUGGGGCGGCGGAACAAACAUUCUUGCCUUGAUGACACUGCAAGCUCCCCUGUUUUUGGGCUUUCCAAGACGAGAGAGACGAAUCCAUAUAGAAAUGAAGGUUUGGUGGAGAAUGUAAAAGAAUUCUCACAAACCCAUUCUCGAAAACAACAUGGGAAGAAACCGACGAGCUUUUUUCAGUCUUCCUCUGCCAAAAAGACGACCAAAAAUGUCUCAGGUGAUUUUCAGGAACAGUAGAAGGAGGAGGACGACGGGAAUAAGUAAAUGAAAAUGAUAGAGACACGAGGAUCAUGGAUUAUUAUGAUUAUUGUUAUUAUUAUUAUUAUUAUUAUUUUGUUCCCUGGCUUUCUUGUCAAUGUGGGCAGUUGAUUGGAAAGAGUUGAAUUAUUUGGGAAGUUAUUGUGUUAUUGUUGUUUUCACCUUUUGGAAGAUGUGUAAAUUACAAAGAUAUGAGCGAGAAUUUGUCACUAUUUA